UCAAUGUUAUGGCUAUUGAAAAGACGAGUUGGGGAACAAUUUAAAGCAAAUCAUGCUGAAAUUGCCACAAAGAUUUCUUAUUGUAUGACGUACUAUAUUGACGCACGUUCACUUCCUGUUUCGCAACGACAAAGUCGCGAGUCAUUCCGAAUUCCAAAGUGUUUUUUCAACUGUUCAGGAGAGAAGAGCUGCACGUGGUUGAAUUUUCAUGUUUUGAGCGACACUUGAGAUUGACGGUGUUCUAUCGGCAAGAAAAUUAUCGGUGCUAGACAAUAACACACAAAGACAUCUCAUCGACGACAAAUAUCUUUAAGGAGGAUUUUCUAACGUCAGCAUCUUCGGAUUUUGGUCAGUUUCCAGGAGGGAUCGCAAAUUAACAUAACCUGACGUCCGGACGCUCUGCAUUCCACUUGACAGCAGGCUCUAUAUCCGUACGGACCACGCUGAAGGCAAGCUGAAAAAGAAAUGGAUCGAUCAUCUAAACGUGAAGGGCUCGUCUUGCUUCUACUUAUUAUAUUCUUCACGAAUCGUGGUUUCGGAGUUGCAGGAGAAACUUCUAAUGACAGAGGAGAAGGCAAACGGCGUCGAUCUCAAAUAGUUGUCCCAAGAAGAAUUUCAGCUGAUACAAAUGGAGGCGGCUUCCACCAUUUCCUAAGUUUCGCUCAACAAAGCGGCGACGAAGAGAUGCGAUACAACUUGACAGCUUUUGGAAAGGUGUACAAGUUCGUUUUAAGGCCGAAAAGGAAUUUCAUUUCACCCUCUUUCAAUGUGGAACAUUACACUACAGCCAACCUUACAAAACCGAUUCCUACUGGUGUUGACCUUUCACAUUGCUUUUACCGCGGAACGAUUUGUAAUGACACCACGUCCUCUGCUGCGUUUGAUCUCUGCGGUGGGAUGAGAGGUGCUUUUAAAACACGUGAUGGAGUGUUUCUCAUUGAGCCGCUGGUCAAAAAUAAACUUGGAGAUGAUAACGCAGGCUCCGCUGACAAACCUCAUUUGAUUACCAACUAUUUGGCAACGUCAUCUCCAAUCCGUGAAAGGGUUCACCUGGAAAACGACACCGAACGAACGCAAUCGAAUUCAGAAAAAACUCAGAAAAGCUCCUCUCGUCCAAAUGAGGUUGUUCGUCGUCGACGAAAGAGAGAUGCGAUAUUUCAAGGGACCAGAUCGUACCCGAGAUACCUCGAAACCAUGGUUACCGUUGAUAAGUCCAUGGUGGACCAUUACGGAAGCGAGUUUGAAGUCAAGAGAUACAUUCAGACAAUCAUGAAUGUGGUUCAUAAUAUGUUUCGCGAUGUAAACAUCGGCAACUCCAUCGAUGUCGUCUUGACAGGGAUCAAGAUUUUAAAAAACGAAGAAGAUUUGAGAAUAACGAACGACGCGAACAAGUUAUUGAGAAAUUUUUGCGCAUGGCAACACAAACAGAAUGUCAUUUCUGACUCGGAGGCGGGUCAUUAUGAUACAGCCAUCUUGAUUACCAGGAAAGACAUUUGCAAAACUAAAGGACAUUGCGACACGCUUGGACUUGCUGAAUUGGGAACGGUGUGUGAGCCCUCUCGAAGUUGCUCCAUCAUAGAAGAUAGUGGCUUGGCAACAUCUUUUACUGUUGCUCAUGAGCUGGGUCACGUUUUCAAUUUAGGCCACGAUACUCCGACAAAGAACUGCCAAGGGGAAGUAGGUGGAAUGCACGUUAUGGCGCCAUCCAUGAAUCUUCAAGCUCUCCCAUGGACUUGGUCCUCUUGUAGCAGACACGAAAUCACCGAAUUUUUGGAAGGCGGCCAUGACAGUUGUUUAAUGGACAAACCACAAUAUCAAUUCAAGUUUUCCGAACAACUGCCAGGAGAGGUCUAUAGUCCAACAAUGCAAUGUAAAUUGGUGUAUGGAAAGGAUUCGUCGCUGUGUACUUUUCAGACCAAUAAGUGUCGUCGUCUUUGGUGUACAGUAAAGGUUUUUCGAAAUAUAGAAGGAUGCAAAUCUCAGUCGAUGCCCUGGGCGGAUGGCAGUUCCUGUGGUCAAGGAAAGUGGUGUAUUCAUGGCGAAUGCGUAGAGAAACGAACGAAGACGGUGAUUAACGGGAACUGGUCGCCAUGGUCACCAUUUGGUCCUUGCUCCCGUACCUGUGGUGGUGGUGUGACGUUUUCAUCGCGCUCGUGUAACAACCCAAGGCCUUCAAACGGUGGUAAAUUCUGCUUUGGUGCCAAAACACGAUUCAAGUCAUGCAACACGAAGGAUUGUCCCAAAGGCAGCGCAAGUUUCAGAGCCGUGCAAUGUGCAAAAUACAAUAACAGAAGGGGACCGCCGGGAAGUCAAUGGGUACCAAGAUACCUUAGGGGCAGACAUCGAUGUCAACUGUUUUGUGAACGCAUUGGAGGCGGUGGUGUAAUUGUCACACCGAAAGUUGUCGACGGCACGAAAUGCGGGAAAAACGUGUUCGAUAUUUGCGUGAAUGGAAUUUGCCGGCUCGCCGGAUGUGACAACGUCUUGAAUUCGCAAAAGAAAGUCGAUGUUUGUGGUGUAUGUGGGGGAAGAAACGACACUUGUGAACGAACUUACAACUCUUGGCACAAAAAAGUGAAGUGGGGGUACAAUGACGUCACGACGUUUCCUUCUGGAAUAUCAUCCGUGAAAAUAGAGCUGAGAACACCGAAAUUUCAGGGAGAAUGGGACCGCACAUCUAAUAGAACACGUGGAAAACUUGAUGAUUAUAAUUAUUUAGCAUUAUUGGAUGAAAAGUACAGAAACAUACUGAACGGUGGUUAUCACGUAAAAGGAAAGUCAGCGAACAUUUUCCAUAUUUCUGGGCUGAAAAUUACUUACUCUGGUGCAGAAACAUAUCCCGAGUAUAUCAUCAUCGAAGGAAAACUGCAACAGAAAAUUCGUUUGCAGGUUUUGGCCAUCAAGCGAGUGAUCUCUCCGACUAUAACAUACUCAUUCUUGCGGCCUAUUGUUAAAAGAAAUGUGUUCUAUUGGGACAAUCGAGGUCCGUGGAGAAAAUGCAGCCGACAAUGUCAAGGGUCGCGUAAGCGAGAGCUUCUUUGUAAACGCGGUGGAGAUAACUCGAGCGUCUCUUCAAAAUUCUGUAAGGGUAUUGAGAAACCAGAAAAGAUUGAAGAGGUCUGCAACGGCAAUUGUGUCUUCAAGUGGAUGAUAACAAGUAAAGGUGCAUGUAAACCUGGCUGCGGGCCUAGUACUCAGAAGCUGUAUUACCGCUGUGUCAAACAUUUUGUGUCAUCAGGCGCAAAUCUUAUACAUCCAAGUAGAGAUUGUGAACGCGUUACGAGACCUCCAAAUAGGGAAAAAUGCGAAGGAUCGUGUGACAAUGUCGUAUGGGCUUACUCUCGCUGGUCUAAGUGUUCCAAGUCAUGUAAUGGCGGCAUUCAACGACGAAGCGUUGUUUGUUUGGAGAAGAACGCAAAAAUCCGUAAAGAACUCCCGGUUGCUAUGUGUGCCAGAAUUGAAAAACGACCAGAAACGCGCUCUUGCAACACUAUGCGCUGUCCAGCAUGGCGCGCGGGAGAGUGGAGUAGAUGUUCGGCUGCCUGCGGUGAAGGUAAUCAACGAAGAAAAGUUCAGUGUGUUAUGAAUGGCAAUAGGCAAACUUCACCCGAGCGAUGCGAUUCACGGAGAAAACCAAGUGACGAAAGAAGUUGCCGUAUUAAAGCAUGUCCUCAUUGGGAGUACGAGGAAUGGUCGGAUUGUUCUGCCACGUGCGGUUCGGGGCAUCAAGUCCGUCUUGUUCGAUGUACAAACAGUGAUCGCGAAAUGUUGAACGAGAUAGAAUGCCAAGGAAAAGACAAACCGCCGUCAAGACGAGCCUGCGAUGGAUUACCGCAAUGCAACCUGACACUAUUCUAUUUGAAAAAGGUCGCUGACCGUGGGCGUUUUAGAUGGAAAACUGAAGCCUGGGGAAAGUGCUCAGCGACAUGUGGUGAAGGUCUCCAAAAACGGAAUGUCACGUGUGUCGAUUCACGUGACGUAAUCACGAGUAAUGAGUCCUGUGCAAACAAGAAGAAACCAGAGACGGCCCGAAUUUGCACGAGUCACUGUGGGAGAUGGAAACAAAGUCGUUGGUCUAAAUGUUCGUCGAUGUGUGGAAAAGGAUUUCAAACCAGAAACGUUAGCUGUGCCGAUGUUAAUGACGAACCACUCGGCGAUAUCAUGUGCAGUUCCAACACAAAACCGAAAAUGAUUCGAGAAUGUCUCGAGUAUUGUGGAAUUUGGCGUCAUUCUAGAUGGACUAAGUGCUCUUCAAAUUGUGGAAGAGGAACACAAAGACGACAAGUAAAAUGUUUCAAUAGAAAAUUCAGAGCGAUCGAUGACGAAUCCUGUGAUCCAUUGUUAAGACCAUCUAAUAUUAGGCAAUGUUCGAACUAUCUCUGUAGGCCUGCAAUAAAACAAAAGCCGAUUGUGAACCGGCGUUGGAAGACUGGAACUUGGACCAAGUGCUCACGAAGCUGUGGACGUGGCUUCAGGCGUCGUUCUGUUCAAUGUUUCGAUGGCUUAUCCGGCAAAAAGCUUCGCGAGCAAUACUGUAAUAAAAAAACAAAACCGCAGUCGAUGAAUCGCUGCAGUUUGGGAACUUGUCCAAUAUGGAGAGUGAGCCAAUGGAGUAAGUGCUCAAAAACAUGUGGAACUGGCUCAAAACAAAGACGCGUAUCGUGUAUUUACGGAAUUUCCAGAGCGAAUCAUUCGUUGAAAACCAAUUGUGACGAAAGCAUAAAACCACCAAUGGUAAUGAGUUGCUCCACAAACGAUUGUCCUAAGUGGCGGACGAGUCAAUGGACAAAGUGCUCAAAAACCUGUGGUCUAGGAGCCGUUCUUAGACGGGUCUAUUGCUCCAACUCGACUCACAUCAUGCCCGACAGAUAUUGCUACAGAAAACUUCGACCAUCUUCCAUGAAAACAUGCUACACUAAAAGCUGUCGACCAAUGGUGCGUUGGGCAAAAAGCAAAUGGCAUCCUUGCUCUGUACAAUGCGGUGAAGGUUUGAAAAAGCGAGAAGUCUGGUGCCAAGACUUUUAUGGUAGGAAAGUGCCUUCUAUAAGAUGCCGCAAUUUACGACGCAAACCUCGCUCGCAAAAGCCUUGCAGGAGACGUUCGUGCGGAAUUUGGGAGACGGGCAUUUGGGGAAAGUGUUCAAAAAUGUGUGGAUUGGGUAUCAGUGAACGAGACGUGCGUUGUCGAAGAGACACUUUAUUCUUGGAUGAAAGGUUCUGCUCAAACAGAGAGAAACCAAGAAAUAAAAGAUCUUGCAUGAUCAAAGAAUGCCAUUCACGAAACACAAGUUAUAAAUGGUUUGCGUUCUCGUUCAGCCCGUGUUCAAAAACAUGUGACGCUGGAGUACAAUCUCGUAUGAUCGUGUGCGUCGAUCAGAGCAAGAAACAGGCUCCCAGUGAGCUCUGCGACCCCCACGAUAAGCCUGCACAGAUGAGGGCGUGUCGAAACGUAAACUGCGCCCCCAAGUGGAUUGUUGGCCAGUGGUCUGAGUGCACCAAGUCAUGUGGUGAUGGCCGGCAAUCUAGAGUGAUUACAUGUCCAGAGAAAGAUCGGAACUCCAAUGAUCUAUGCGAUUCAUCACAAAGACCGCCAACUGAGAGACGCUGUAAUCGUGGAUCUUGUGAUAGCUUUUAUGUUUGGAAAACUGGCCCCUGGUCCCAGUGUUCUUCCACCUGUGGCGAAGCGUACAUGAGAAGAGCCGUGAAAUGUCUGGGACGAAACAACCAAAAAAGCACAGAUGAAAGAUGUAGGAAAUCCUGGACAGUGAAACCCGAAGAUACACGAAAAUGUUUCUUGCCGAAAUGUGCUCCAAGAUCGUGUAGGGAUGUUCAGAUACAACAGGGAAAACAGGAUGAUGCUGAAUUUAACAUCACAAUCAACUCCAAAAGAAUUCAGGUGUAUUGCUAUGGAAUGUUAACUGAUAAUCCAAAAGAGUUCAUCACGCUGCGAUCGGGACCUCGGCAUAAUUUUGCCGAAUAUUACCAUCGAAGUUUGAGAAAUCCUGCUAAAUGUCCCUAUAAUGGCGCCAGACGAGAUGACUGCCCUCAUUGUGUUCCUGGUUUGCUUGAUGAGUCGGGAGGAACAUAUUUUUCAAAGGUUCGCCUCGAUCUCCGUCGAAUGUCAGUCAUUGGUAAGGAUUUCACCUUUGCUGUGAAGCGUGGCAAACGUGCGCCAAACUAUGGCACGGCUGGUGAUUGUUACAGCAAAUCUCAGUGUCCUCAGGGUCGUUUUAGUAUCGACUUAACCAACACUGGUAUUUCAAUAUCACCGGAAGUGACGUGGAAAUCAUACGGUUACUAUUUGUCAAAAGUCAUAAGUAUCAAUAAGGGAAGACAAAUCGUAACUGGAAUGUGCGGCGGUUAUUGCGGUGUAUGCAGGCCUUUUCAAACUCUAAGAGUUGUUGUCCUAUAACACGGGGGUGGUGUUCUUACUUCCCGCCGCAAAAAUUAUUUCGAAUAUAAUUAUAUACAUAGGCUUUUAAAUAGAUUAUGUAAAUAAUGUAACAUAUUUAUAAGGCGUUUUUCAAUCAGUUGAUAUUUUAGUUUGUUUAUAAUUCUUUACGAGUUAUGUUUUUACGAGUUACAUAACGCAUGUGUAUUAUACUUAGAAAAGCACUUUAUUUAAUAUUUUUCAAGAUAUAUACGUUUUCUUAUAUAUGUAAAUGCUGUAACACUAACUAGACGAUGUUUCAAUUUGAGUAAUGGCUAACAUGAUUUUUGAUGUUCUAAUUUAA